UUCUUCAUUUCUUCUGAUAUUUCCCCUUUCCAGUGUGUGACGGCAAAGCAAAGAAGAUGGACUUCACUCUCAAGAAAUAUUUUGGGUAUUCGACCUUCCGUCCAUACCAGAAAGAGAUCAUUGAGAAUAUUUUAGAGGGAAAAGAUUGUUUGGUAGUUAUGGCCACUGGAAGUGGUAAAUCACUCUGCUAUCAGGUUCCUCCGUUGAUAGUGAAGAAGACUGCUGUAGUCAUAAGCCCUCUCAUAUCUUUGAUGCAAGAUCAGGUAAUGGCUUUAAAAGAACGAGCCAUAAAAGCCGAAUAUCUCUCUAGUGCUCAGACCAAUUCCAGUGCGCAAAGCAAUGCCGAGAAUGGUCAAUUUGAUAUUCUGUACAUGACUCCAGAAAAGGCAUGUUCAAUUCCAACCAGCUUCUGGUCAAAAUUGCUAAGCAAGGGGAUUUGUUUGAUGGCAGUUGAUGAAGCACAUUGCAUUUCAGAGUGGGGUCAUGAUUUCAGGGUGGAAUACAAACAGUUAGACAAGUUGCGUGAUAUUCUCUUAAAUGUUCCAUUUGUUGGCUUAACGGCAACUGCUACUGAAAAGGUUCGGAAUGACAUUAUCAACUCCUUGAAGAUGAAAGAUCCUUACGUCGCCAUUGGCUCAUUUGAUCGCAACAAUCUCUUCUACUGUGUCAAAUCUUUUAAUCGUGGUGUCUCAUUUGUGGAUGAGUUCAUCAGAGAAAUCUCUACUUAUGUUGCCAAUGCUGGUUCGACUAUUAUAUAUUGUACAACCAUCAAAGAUGUUGAAGAGAUUUUCAAGUCACUUCUGGAGGCAGGAAUCAAGGCCGGAUUUUAUCAUGGUCAAAUGCCCAAUAAAGCUCGGGAGGAGUCACACAGAUCAUUUAUUAGAGAUGAAUUUUAUGUCAUGGUUGCCACUAUUGCUUUUGGCAUGGGUAUUGAUAAGCCGAAUAUAAGGUAUGUGAUACACUAUGGCUGCCCAAAGAGUUUAGAAUCUUAUUCCCAGGAAAGCGGACGAUGUGGUCGAGAUGGUAUUGCUUCUCUUUGCUGUCUCUAUUAUACAAGAAGUGACUUUGCCAAAGCUGACUUCUAUUGUGGAGAAGCACAUUCAGCAAAUCAAAGAAAAUCUAUUAUGGAGUCAUUUAUGGCUGCACAAAGAUAUUGCAUGCUAACAAGUUGUAGAAGAAAAUUCUUGCUAGAGUACUUUGGGGAAAAAUACGUGUCUGAUAAAUGUGGAAAGUGUGAUAAUUGCACCAGCUCAAAGAAAGAGAGUGACAUGUCAAGAGAAGCAUUUCUUCUAAUAGCUUGCAUACGGUCAUGUGGGGGUAACUGGGGCCUUAAUAUGCCUGUGGAUGUUCUUCGGGGAUCUCGAUCCAAAAAAAUUCUUGAUGCUCAGUUUGACAAGCUUCCAUUUCAUGGCCUUGGGAAAGAGUUAUCAGCAAAUUGGUGGAAAUCACUGGCCUACCAAUUGAUUUCCUAUGGCUAUUUGAUCGAGACUGUUAAAGAUAUAUACAGAACCGUAAGUGUAAGUGCAAAAGGAAGACAGUUUCUGAGCUCUUCCACGCCUGAUCAUCAACCCCCACUGCUCUUGCCGGUGACUAGUGAAAUGGUCAGCGAUGAGGAAAAUAGAAACACAUUAGGUAAUGUUGGAGAGUUCAAUGGUUUGAAUUCUAUGGAGUAUGAAGGAUUGUCACAGGCUGAGACACAACUCUAUAACUAUCUUUUAGAAGUAAGAAUGAAGCUUGCAAGAGCCAUUGGAACUGCUCCAUAUGCUAUAUGUGGUGAUCAAACAUUGAAAAGGAUAGCAUUGACAAGGCCAUCUACUAAAGCGAGGCUAGCGAAUAUUGAUGGUGUUAACCAGCACUUUUUAACAACGCACGGGGAUCAUUUUCUUCAAAGCAUUCGACAUCUAUCACAAAGCAUAAACCUUUCUUUGGAUGGGGAGACAAGUGUUCACAACACAAUUACAAAAAAGGUGUAUCCGGUUCAGAACCAUCAAAAAAAUUUAACACCUGCCAAGUUUGAAGCUUGGAAAAUGUGGCAUGAGGAUGGUCUCUCCAUUCAGAAAAUUGCUAAUUUCCCUGGUAGAUCACAUCCAAUAAAAGAACAAACUGUCUUCGAGUAUAUUCUCGAUGCUGCAAAAGAGGGAUGUAGAAUUGAUUGGACCAGAUUCUCUGAGGAGAUUGGACUGACCCAUGAGCUGUCUACAGAUAUUGAGGCUGCUAUUUUGAAAGUUGGCUCAAGAGACAAAUUGAAGCCUAUUAAAAACGAAUUACCAGAAGAGAUAAGUUAUGCCCAAAUAAAGGCAUAUUUGACAAAGCAAGAUUUAGAGAUAUCUGUAGAAGGAACUCCGCUCAGUCACCACCUCAAGGCUGAUGAAAAUUCUAAUGAGACGUCAGAAUUACCACCAAGAUCCAAUCUACCAUGCAACCUAAAAGAAGAACCUCCCAAACUUGAAAGACCAGUUGAUGGUGUGGUUGGCGAUUGCUAUUCGGAAAACAGUGGAGCAGUUACUGUUCCCAUUGUAGUAAGCACAGGCAUGAAGCAACCCUUAAUUUAUAUUGAUGAUGUACUUUCCUCAACGAAACGCCAAAAGGUUGAUGAACCAAGAGAAAGUUCUGUUGCACUGGAGGCCACUGAGAGUUCCAUAUUAAACUGGCUUGGGAACUUUGAUGAGGGGGUUCCUCUAUCUGAUAUUUUGGAGCACUUCAAGGGAUCUACAGAAGAGACUCUGGUUGAUCUGCUGAGCUGCCUUGAAAGUGAGUUUUUGGUAUUUAAGAAAAAUAAUCUGUAUAAGCUAAUGUAAUGUAAUACGGAGUAUAUAGUUAUGCAUAGGUGAGGGACAAGGAUUUCUUGUGCAGGUAAUAGUUGAUAGAAUUUUUCCGUCACUUAAUCGUGAUGUUCGACGAUUGAAUCCCAUUUUAAAAAGUGAUUUUCAGUGUGAUUAUUGACUAUAUUUUGUAUUUAUUUAUUGGGUAUAAAUUUCAUCAAGGGAAGUGCUUGUACCUUCU